CCCUAGACAGUUCGACUUGCCGCUAGUCGUGACAGUUGUAGUCGUACGUUGGCUAUGCUGACGUUGAUGGCCACCACUUCACCUGCUGGUGUUGGCAAAGCAGAUAAUAGCAAACUAACACGGCGAAUCAACGGAAUAGUAGCAGAGUGCGUGGAGUGCGACGCUAAAGGGUUGUGCGUGCCCCUUCUGUAAAUCUGGUCGAGAGCCACCAGCUCUAGUAGGAGAUUCUACAAGCUAGCAGCAAAAGACUACAUGAACGGCUAGAGCUGCAACUGUAAUCUGGCCUCCAUUUGCGAUGUGCGCUCGCUGUAAGAACACGACGGGUGUCACUGUCGCCUAACUAGCCAAAAUGUGACAGAGGCUGGCCCUCUGUUCUGCCAAUGAGCUUCACUGCCAGGCAGUCAGCCUGCACACCAGUCGACCCCCCCGGACUCUGUUUUAAUCACGUAUCCGAUCAUCUUGAUCGAUGCUGCUAUCGUGUCUAUUGAUGUGACUUAAAUGGACAUAUCGACAAUGGAGUGCUGCUGCAACUCAGAUAGAGAGAAAGCGAGAGAGAGGAAACUUUGUACACAUUAGCUGCGCCAGAAUGCUCGGAUUACGCGUACUUCGACUGCACACCUGCCGGGUGAUCCUGUUAACAUCGCUGGUGUGGUUUGUCAUUGCGGCUCUACUCUUUUUGUACAGCAGUGAAUGCCGAGGUUCCGAAUGUCUAGAUAAGUUACCGAAGUUCACUUCCGUGCUGAAGCCCGAAGCCGAACCUCACUCGCUCUUCGUUCAGUGGUCACCUGUAAGCUUUGGUAAAAAUCCUUCCCAUUGGCCGGGCGAGAAUGGCAAAGCUGUACAGAUACCACCCGAAGAGGAGAACCUUAGAAAGGAGAAGUUUAAAAUUAACCAGUUUAAUCUGCUAGCGUCUGAGCGAAUCGCCCUCAACAGGUCGUUACCGGACAUGCGGUUACCAGGUUGCCGUGAUAAAAUCUACCCCUCUCGUUUGCCAACAACCUCAGUUGUCAUUGUAUUUCAUAACGAGGCGUGGAGUACGCUCCUUCGUACCGUCCACUCGAUAAUUAACUUGUCGCCGCGUGAAUUAUUGGCUGAAAUUAUUCUUGUAGAUGACGCGUCGGAAUUUGACCAUCUGGGUAAGCGCCUUGAGGAAUAUGUCACUAAAUUGCCCGUUCCUGUUCACGUGCUUCGGACAGGAACCCGAUCGGGUCUUAUACGUGCGCGAUUGCUCGGCGCCCAAUCUGUCAUCGGACAGGUAAUCACAUUUUUAGAUGCGCACUGCGAAUGCACCGAAGGCUGGUUAGAGCCGUUGCUCGCCCGCAUCGCGGAAGAUCCGACACGUGUCGUUUGCCCUAUUAUUGACGUUAUCUCAGAUGAAAAUUUUCAGUAUAUUCAGGCCUCGGACAUGACGUGGGGCGGUUUUAACUGGAAACUUAAUUUUCGCUGGUAUCGGGUUCCACAGCGGGAAAACGACCGACGCGGGGGAGACCGCACUCAGCCCGUUCGAACGCCCACAAUGGCCGGUGGCCUGUUCUCCAUCGAUAGGGCGUAUUUUGAAAAGCUGGGCCGCUAUGACGAAGGCAUGGAUAUUUGGGGCGGUGAAAACCUCGAAAUGUCGUUUCGAAUUUGGAUGUGCGGCGGAACCCUGGAGAUUGUGACAUGCUCACAUGUUGGACACGUCUUCAGAAAGAGUACACCGUACACCUUUCCUGGAGGCACUGGCAAGAUUGUAAAUCACAACAAUGCCCGAUUAGCCGAUGUCUGGCUAGACGAAUGGAAAGAUUUUUAUUUUUCGAUUAAUCCACAUGCAAAGAAGAUUGAUCGCGGCGACACUACCUCACGAAAGAAAUUGCGCGAAAGGCUGAAGUGUAAGAGUUUCCGAUGGUACCUCGAGAAUAUCUAUCCGGAAUCGCAUAUGCCUCUCGAUUACUACCAUCUUGGCGAGAUCAAAAAUCUUGACAGCGAAAUGUGCCUCGACACGUACGGCAAGAAAAGCGGCGACGUCCUCUACAUGGGCAAAUGCCAUGGUCUUGGCGGCAAUCAGGUGUUCGCUUAUACGAGACGACAGCAGAUUAUGGCGGACGACGCUUGCAUGGACGCCUCACUUCCAUCUGGCCCGGUGAAACUCAUACGCUGCCACAACAUGGGUGGAAACCAGAUGUGGAUGUUUGACCAGGGUACGAAGCAGAUCCGACAUGUCAAUACCGGCCGUUGUCUUGAUAAGCCCAGUACGACUACACCGAAUGUAGCCACACUAAAAGAGUGUAAAGUGGGAAAACGAAGUCAGCAAUGGCAGAUGGCGGAAAAGUUCGAGUGGCAAGCUCCUAAUGACGAGAGUAGGUGACGGCCGACGACGUCUCUAGUGAAGGAAAUUACGACGACAGGGGAGCACCGAUUCGCUAGCAGUUAGUAUGAUGAUAUAGUCAGCUACGUGCAAAUGUACUAGCAAAAUGCAUAUAAAGAUACAUUAGCGAAAAUACGUCACAAUUGACCAUAUGAACCAGAUAGAUAGUGAUAACAAGAGCCGCUAAAAUCGGAUUGGAGCUACUAAAACAUACUGGUGUUAGCAGCAUACGGAUUUGAUAGUGGGGAGGUCUUCCUUAGAGAGGAGUUUCAACGAAGCUCCGCGACCGCAGCCCAGGAGAAAGCUGCAUUGACAGCAUUAUUUUCACAAGUUCGAGGAAACAGAGUAACGGUUAACGACCGCUUCUUAUAAGAUCUGAAAAGUAAACGCCAGGCUGGCAUAAUGACCUUGCGGCAAUGUAAAGAUCAUUGAUCAAAUGUUGUUCGUGUUUAUACGGUGCAUAUAUAUAUAUAUAUAUAUAUAUAUAUAUAAAUGAAAGUAACCUACAAAAAAGAUAAACUACUAACAUGUAAAUGCAAGGAAGAGCACGAUCGUGAAAAUGAGCAACGUACAGUCAGAGUUGCGACGGCAAGAUGUUAUAGAGAUCGUAUAUAUAGAUAUAUAUAAAUAUAUAUAUAUAAUAUGGGAUAAAACGAAGGAAGUAUUGUAUAAGGCGAUGAUUAAUAAGGACUGUUAUGAAGGUAACAAAGGCAAAAAACAAGGAACAGAAAGCAGUCGUUUAACUGCAGUAGCUGAAGAACGAGUUUUAAUGAUUUUAUUGAACUAUGAUUAGGGCGGCGUUGUAACUAAAUGAGGGAUAAAAUAUAAGCACUUAUGUGCUACAGCGAGUGAUUGAGUUAAACUAGAAAAAACAAAAUGGUUGGGUAAUAAACAAACAAUAAUGUUUACAGUAUAAACUUAUUUUGU